AUGAGCAGGUCCUCGGCUUGUCGAUCGCUAAAUGGAACCAAGUCCCCGGUUGCUGUGGUAUCCAAUAACCUGGAAAGUAUGCACCGAAAGUCGGUGAUCUCGUCCGACGACGCGAGGAACUCACUUGGAGCAUCUUUGAUGGCGCAGACCGAGGUCAGUCGCCGAAACUACAUGCAGAAGGCAUUUCGGUGGGACGAAUCUACACAUCAGCUUUUCGCGAAACCGAAAGCGAAAGAUACUGAGCAGCGGCUGGUCGUCACCGCGGAGAUGAUCAUCGAUACGGUCGACCGCCGUGGUCCUGUUCAGCGCUUGCGUCACAAGCAAGCUGAGGUGCGCAAGAUGCCGUACCGAAAGCACUACACGCCUCUCGAAUCCAACCCAGCCCUCUUCACCGAGCUGAUCCAUACACUCGGUCUCUCCAGCGACCUGGAGUUCUACGACGUCCUGUCACUGGACGACGUCGACCUCCUCGCCCUCGUCCCGCGCCCAACCCUCGCCCUCGUUCUCGUGUUCCCAACCUCCCCCGACUACGAGACGGAAAUCACCGACAAGGACAAGGAUGCCGCCGAAUACGCAAAGAGUGGAGAGGAAGAGGAUGUGAUUUGGUACAAGCAAACCAUCAACAACGCGUGCGGACUUUACGGCAUACUACACGCCGUCAGUAAUGGCGUCGUGCGGGACUUCAUUCUCCCUGACUCGCACCUGUCCCAUCUCCUGGCUUCUUGUACGCCCCUAAAACCUCUAGACCGUGCCACCCUUCUAGAAGACGACGAGCAGCUUGAGUCAGCUUAUAAAGCAGUCGCUUUACAAGGGGACUCGGAAGUUCCAGGCAACCCGGAGGACGAGGUCGACUUUCACUAUGUCUGUUUCGUCAAGUCUCACAAGAACGGCCACCUGUACGAGCUUGACGGCGACCGGAAAGGUCCCGUGGACUGGGGAAGGUUGGAUUCGGAGGAUGAUGUUCUUUCCGAGAAAGGCCUUGGUGUCAUCCGCGAGUUCAUUGGAGGUAUUUCGCGCGGCGUGGGUUUUAGUCUGCUUGCCUUGGCUCCGGCGGAGUAG